CCUGCUUUUUGCAGCGAUUUGCGGGACGGAGGGACAUGCAUUUCCUGCGCAGAACCCACCCCACACACACACACACCACACAGAAUGCGGCCGGCUGUGACGGCGGGUCCUCUCUCUGCAGACCGUUAACAUUCUGAGAGAAGGUUUCUCUUGGCACUCGACACUUCUUCGCACAUCAGCUCCCGGGGUGGGUGAUGCCCACCUUUGGGCAGCGCAGUCUGCAUUAAAAUAUUCUCCCACCCCCCCAACCUCUCGGGACAUGUUCCUCCAUGCCAGUCGUUGCUAUUCUGCCAUACCUCAAAGAAUCUCAGUCCAGGAGGCUGAGACAUUGACCUUAGCUUGCUUGAGCUUGACCUUUCCUCCCACUGCUCACUUCACUCCUCUCCUCCCUUGACCGCCUCCCACUAGCCCUCCGGCUUGAAACACAUUCUCCCUCGAGGACAAUGUCUCUGGCGGACCAACCCCUUCCCGAGGGAAGGGCAGAUCACCCAAUCGGCAUGACCACUACCCAGGCGUUCGACGAUAAACCCGAGUUCCCUCUCUCCACAGCGACCACUUUCGACGAACCCAUCUUUGACAAGUUCGACGACAUGGACAACCAGGACACCAUGGCGCCGAGCCCCAACCUUGGCAACGACGACGCCCCGAAGCUCCCCGCGAGGAGUGCCCUUCGAGCUUCCAGAAUGCUUGACAACCUGGGGCUCAAGGUCGGUGGCACCGUCGAGUCGACCACUCCGCAUGACGUCUACCUCUCGUCCGAGGAGGACGCGUCGUCGGACGCCGACGACUUCUCCGACUACGACUACGACUCGAGCGUGGACGAUCCGACUUCUCCAACAAGGACCAGCCAUGAGGUCACAGCGCGGGCGGUUUCGGUGGUGUUUUCUGGGAAGCCGUCGAUCGUGGACCUGCCUGCGACGCGGAGACGGCCAACGUCGAGCAGCUCGUUGGGAACGACCAGGACGCAAUCGAGUACCGAGUUGCCCCCCGCCAAACCGCUUACAACCCGAUCGGCUACCACCGAGGAACGGCCAGGCACGCCGGCCAGCACAACUUCGUCGCGGCGUUCCCGCCUCAGCAAGGAGCCACCGGCCAACCGGAAGAGCAUGCUCCUGUCCGAAAUCCUGACCAAGAAGAGGCCGCCAUUCCUCAGCAUCGAUCCCUACGCCAACGGCAGCACCUAUAGCCUUGACAUCCCCAAGGCGCUGGAUAGCCUCGAAGGCGAGACCCAGCCGGUCAAGACGCCCCGCACUCCAACGACGCUGCUCAAGGGUGUAACCCGGUCAUUCAGUUUAGCCCGGCGGCGGAGCAGGCCCAACCUCAACUCGCCGCAGACGGCCAUCCCAAAGUUGGACACGUCUUUUGCGACGACAUCGAACAACAGGAACUCGGUCAUGUCGCCUGCCAUGGUGCAUCGCGUCGACGAGGAGCCGCAGCAGGGCAAGCCAGAGUCCGAACAAGAACAGCAACAGCAACAAACACAGCAACCGCAACUACACAGGCCUGACCAGCGGCCGAAGACACCGGUAACACCAAUUACAUACACGGACAUCCUGCGGUCGGUCAAGCGCAACGCUACCGUAAUGGGCGCAGCGUCGCCGCCGAGCGAUAUCAUGUCGCCGACCUCCCCCGCCGGACCCAGCCCGGCGACGGCUCGGAAGGGAAUCCUGAGCGGGCUGUCGGCUCGGAGGAGGAGCGUCAAAUUGAUGGGGAAGCCUUGAAACCGGAAACGGAGGAUCUCAUUUACUUGCAUUUUUUUGGCGUCACGACGGGACAAUGGGCGAUCAAUCAAUGGGUGGUUGGAUAGGGAUCUUCGGCGUUUAACAGGUUCAUCAAGGUACAGGAGGCGUCUGGGAAAUGAUGAUUUCAGGGCGGAUCUACAUGACAUGACUUGGGUUUUCUGGGAUGACGAUACCACUGCCGCACACGGCGCACAGUACAGGACAGCUCACAGACUGGGAUACCUGGCAUCUUUCUUUUUCCUAACUACUUUUUCGAAUCAAGCAAUCAAACAAAUCUGACUUGCCUUGCACAAUCACUCG